UUUUUUUGGAGUAAAUCGUACUAUUUUUGCGUACAGUACGCUAGUUUGUUCCUUGAUUUAAAGAUAAAUUUCUACUGACAUGGCAUCCCUCGCUAAAAAGAGAAAAAUGAAUUUUUCAGAGAGGGAGGUAGAAAUCAUACUGGAGGAAAUUGAGAAACAAAAGCACAUACUAAUUAACCACUCGACUGCCGGAGUCACGCACAUUGCCAAAAACAACGCGUGGAUGGAGGUACUCAAGAAGGUAAAUGCCGUUACAACUUGCCCGCGGGAACUAGCCGAGGUGAAGAAGAAGUGGUCCGACCUCAAGACCGACGUCCGGCGCAAGGUUGCCCAGGCGCGGGCAGCAGUAGAAGGGACAAGCGACUGCACGCCUGUUCCAGUCAUCCUAACCCCCAUGCAACAGCGGAUCUGUAAUCUCCUUGGAGAGGCGACCAUCAUCAGCCUACCUGCUGUAGACGCCGGCACCGAGAUCACCUUGCCGAUACCCAUGACCACGACGGUGACUUUAACGCAAACAGAGACCACCUACCACGCUCUGGAGGAUGACGGAGUGGUGGAGUACUGCACGGCGGAGGUGCCGGUGGAGACAGCAGUUUCUGUGGAGGCGCCAGUGGAGAUGCCGUCAGUGCAAACGGAGGGUGGGGACAGACCCCACGAGUUGAAGGGGCGCAUUGCCCUGAACUCGGCACGGCUCCUGCAAGAGCAACGGCUGACCAACCUGCAUGUGCGGGAGAUUGCCCAGCGCCUGGAGAACCAGAGCCAGCUACUGCAGAUGAUCCGGCGCUCCCAAGAGACCCAGGCUGGGGCCCAGGAGAGGCAGGCCCAGGCCCUGGAGGGCUCCCAGGCUGCCCUCUCUGCACUCAUCCAGAUGCUCCGCCCCACCCUCAAGGAGCUCCGAAAAUACCUGCAGAGUGGUACCAGUGGCUCCGUCCAUACACCCCUGAUAGGCCAAUCAGAGCAGAGACUGAAAUCUACACAGCCAGAGGAAGAUGUGCAAUAA